AAAUCGUGGUUGAAUUUUGGUGGAGGGAAGAGAUUCAUGAGCUCGGUUAUGGUGGUUGCUACGGUACCAUCGUCUUCUUCUUCAACGCUACCUCACCCUUUAGUUUCAUGGCGGCGACUUCGAACCAAUCCCUCGGCCAAGCCAUGGGAGAGACCCAGAGUUCUUAGAGUGCGAGCGGCUAUUGUCGAGGCUAGACCUUCUUCUUCUUCACCUGUUCCUGAUGACUCCAUCAAAGUUGUUCAGGUCUAUCGAGGAGGACGUGGAGUAGUGUACAACCGAGCUGAGGAUCUUCAGGCUGAGGCGCGUGCCAUGGAACGCGCCGUCAAUGCCACCGUCUAUGGCCCCGAGCUUCUUUCCAACAAAUAUGGCUCUAGCCCAAUCAAGGUGGCGGGGAGAGCUAUGCAAAUUUUGAUUGCUUUGGGUACGUUUGGAGUAAAGCUUCUGUUGGACCAAAGAAAGGGUGUUCUGGAUCAGAACAAAAGGGCUCGUGGGGCUGAGCUGAGGACAAUCUUCACUCGAUUAGGGCCUACUUUUGUGAAAAUAGGCCAGGGUUUGUCUACAAGACCCGACCUUUGUCCUCCGGAGUAUCUUGAGGAGCUCUCCGAACUUCAGGAUGCUUUGCCAACAUUCCCAGAUGAAGAAGCCUUUGCAUGCAUUGAAAAGGAAUUAGGACGAUCACUUGAAUCUGUUUACUCGGUUAUAUCACCAUCUCCAAUUGCGGCAGCCAGUCUUGGUCAGGUUUACAAAGCUCAACUAAAAUAUUCUGGGCAGCUUGUUGCAGUGAAGGUGCAACGACCUGGUAUUGAAGAAGCUAUAGGACUCGACUUCUAUUUGAUUAGAGGUCUAGGAUUCUUCAUCAAUAAAUACGUGGAUGUAAUAACCAGUGAUGUUGUUGCCCUUAUUGAUGAAUUUGCACGAAGAGUUUAUCAAGAGCUUAACUAUGUGCAGGAGGCGCAAAAUGCAAGGAGGUUUAAGAAAUUGUACGCAGACAGAGAAGAUAUCCUUGUUCCGGAUAUAUUCUGGGAUUAUACAAGCAACAAAGUAUUGACGAUGGAGUGGGUUGAAGGGGUCAAGUUGAAUGAGCAAGUUGCCAUUGAGAAACAAGGGCUGAAGGUGUUGGAUCUAGUUAAUACUGGUAUACAAUGCAGCCUGAGACAGCUGCUUGAGUAUGGAUACUUCCAUGCAGAUCCUCAUCCUGGUAAUCUCCUAGCAACACCUGAUGGGAAGCUAGCCUUUCUUGAUUUUGGAAUGAUGAGUGAGACACCAGAAGAAGCAAGAUUCGCAAUUAUUGGUCAUGUAGUUCACAUGGUCAAUCGAGAUUAUGAAGCUAUGGCUCGUGAUUACUAUGCUCUAGAUUUCCUAUCCCCUGAUGUAGAUGUUACUCCUAUUGUACCUGCAUUACGAAGUUUCUUUGAUGAUGCCCUCAGUUAUACAGUGAGUGAACUCAAUUUUAAGACCCUGGUUGAUGGUCUAGGCAACGUACUUUACCAAUAUCCAUUCAAUGUUCCCGCAUAUUACGCAUUGAUAUUAAGGUCGCUUACUGUGCUAGAAGGCUUAGCUCUUUAUGCUGAUCCCAAUUUCAAGGUUCUAGCUGCUUCUUAUCCAUAUUUUGCUAAAAGGCUUUUAACAGAUCCAAAUCCAUAUCUCAGAGAUGCUCUAAUUGAGUUGCUGUUUAACGAUGGCAAAUUUAGGUGGGGUAGACUUGAAAACUUACUCGUUCAGGGAAAAAAAGAUAGAGAUUUCUCAGCAAAAGAUGCUUUGCAACCAGUUUUGAAAUUAUUACUGGGUACAGAUGGUGAAGUGCUUCGAAAUUUAGUUAUUAAAGAAGCUGUUCGUGUUACAGAAGCCUUUGUUUUAGGCACAGUUGUCGAUACAUAUAGUUUAAUGCCGGAUUUGGUGAAGGGUUUAAUUUUUAAUGGGAAUGGAAACUCACCUGGACCUCUUGUCAUGAGCAAAGCCGAACGGGAAAGCAUGUUAGAGCUAAGAGAUCAAGUAUCUAGAAUAUGGGCACUUCUUCAAUCAUCUGAAAGUUUUGAUCCAGCCUCCUUGCAGCCCCUGUUACAAGUGCUGCAACAACCGGAGGGACGUAGUAUGGGCGGGCGUGUGAUCGGAGGGAUCACUCAGCGUUUGGCUGCUCGGUUACUACAACAAGUACUUCGAGUGCCACCAACUUCAUCUUCCUCUUCCACCACUUAAAUUUCAUCUUAUAGUUUCAAUUCAAGCAUAAUCACAUACUAAUAUUUGUAAAAAUAUCAAAAUCAUAAAUGGAAUCAAUCCCUUACAAGUUUCAAUUGUGAACAUUAAUUUAACAGUUGUAGAUAAAUUAAUCCCAUUUUUUAAAGCUAAAAAAACACUACCUCUGUUAAGUUGUUGUUUGCAAUAAUAGUAAGAAUUAAUAUAUAAUAAUUGUUUUGAUCA